CCAACUGACUUUCAAAAGAUCCAUUGCCUCUUCUUGCCCAAGAAACUGUACCAUGAAGUUUCAUCUCUUUUUCUUUAUUCUGCUCUUUGGGGCCACAAUAUUAACAGCCAGAAGUCAUAUUGACAUCAAGAAUAGAAUAGAGAGAUGUGAAAAAGUACGAGGAAUGUGUAAGACCUUCUGUGAUAUUGAUGAGUAUGAUUAUGGAUACUGUAUCAGAUGGAGGAACCAGUGCUGCAUUUAAACCGCCACACAGAAGUACUACUUACUGUCCAUUCUAGAAAAGAAGUGCACUGAAGCCCAGCUCAAAUGUUCACCAGUAAGUUUGAGAACUGAGAAGUAAACGGUUGCAUAGCCUCAGUGGAAUAUAUAUUUUCCUGCAUCUUUUGAAGAAUAGCUACAUUGUUUUGAGUAUUUUCUACUGCAAUAAAAGUGCUGUGAACAUUUUCAUCAA